AUGCACACUACACACUACCGCUCUCAGCCGAUCCCAAUCUCAGAUGCGCACAGCAAGGGACCCAGUUCUUUGCCCAUGCCGCUGUACUCGCAGCGGGGCGCAGAUGGGCUGCUAACCAUUAAUGCGAGCGCUGUGGGCUCGCCUGUGGGCCCCCAGCCGGUGAUACCUCCACUCAUGCACCAGGUGGCGGUCGACAAGCACGCUCAUAUCAUGCCAGGCUCGUACGCGCUGCGACAGAGCUCGCCCCAGGUCACGGCGAUUAUGGGCGAGUUAGCGAUGCUGAAGAAGUCGAUAUUCCAGUCGCUGAACGGCGAGUUGACGACGGAGGAAUACAACAGCAUCUACCAACAUUUGAGUCAACUGCUGGCGUCCCUCCCACCGCCCGUCGAGCCAUCUGCAGCGCAGCCCCAGCUGCGACUGCCGUCGAUAUCUCAAAUUAUGCCGGGAACAGAGCCCCAGGAAGUCCAACGUACCUUCAUCAUAGCAUCCUCCGAGUCACAGCAGGGCCAGCCGUACAUCUCGCCGCCGUUAAGCUCGACAAUGUCUACGCACCCGCUUUCACCGGGCAUGUCGGUAGCCAAACCGAACUACUCCGUGAGCACCAAGAAGAAUGUGUGUAAGGUUUGCGGUCGCGAAUGCCGGCGGCCCUCUACACUCAAAACGCACAUGCUGACCCAUACAGGACAGCGGCCGUUCAGCUGCCGGCACCCUGGCUGCAGCAAAAGUUUUAAUGUGAGAAGCAACAUGCUGCGGCAUGAGCGGCUGCACAGCAGAGGCAGCGAACUGGUCGACACUCACUCGCAAAAUUCUUCACCACAAGGACAGCAGGCAGGCUGA